AUGUCUGACGACACAGCCAACUCGACCCAGACUGAGGCCAAGUCACCAGAUUUCGACUUCGCCGCACUACCAGACGUAGUACGCAACAAGAUCUACAAACUCGUGUUCAAGCACGGUGAGCUUCGUCUCCAGUACAUCGUGGUACGAAAGCGAACGGCGUACCGCCAUGCCAAGCUCAGGGUCAAAACAAAGGCUCUGGUCCCAGGCAGAGGCAGAAAACGCGAGAAGAUGACUCCGUUCUUGGGACCAAAGCGCGGAUCCGUGAUGGAGUUCUUCGUCGCCUCCCGCCAGAUCUACACCGAAGCUCUCCCAAUCCUCUACGGCCAGAAUGACUUCCGCUUCACCGCCAUCCAAGGCUUCCAGAAGUUCACCGAGCUCUCGAAGCCUGGUCUGCCCUUCCUACGCAACGUCUACAUCCACUCGCCAGGCAGAGCUUGGAGCCUGAUCGCCCUCCAGGCUAUGGAUGCGAUGGAGUUCAACCAUCCCAGCAAGCGCUCCCGCUUGCUUGACGGCAUCAACCACUAUCUGGAGAGUAUUCCGCAGGCAGAGCGUCAGGCAGAGCUGGACAAGAUCUCGUUUGUCAUCUGCGAGUAUCGUCGCCAUGAGCACUGGGAGGAGGGAAAGGAGCUCAGUUGGGCUAGAAAGUCGAGCAAGUGCAAGAUCUCCUCCGCCGCUGCACCGACCGUGAUCAAUGCGGAGCUGCAGAGCACGCUGUUCCUCAUCUGA